CUAGGUACUUGCCAGGGUGCGGGUACCUUUCUACUGCGUAAGUACCGUGGUCAGCUAGGACCUUCCAUAGGUAUUACCUACCCAUGGAUCUCAACUUCCGCUUCUAACUUUGCGCCUCCGGCCUUGAGGCACCUACCUUCGAAUCUCUACCCAAGAAUUCUAUUGCGUACGGAUCUGCCAAGAGUUUCUCCAAGUCGACAACUCCGGCGCACUUGAUCCAACGAAUCCUUGAACAUUGUUUCCCGCGUUUUCAAUCAGAAAGGGACCCCGUAUGCGCUCCACUUAACCUCCCCGCGAAGAUCGAGGCGCGCCUGCCUUUCCGAUCUACACAAACGAAAUCCUUCUCUCAACUCUGAGUCUCUGACUAUACCCCCUGGAUGCGACAAACAGAAAUACCUUACUGCGAACACCCGUAAUACUCGCGACGAGCGACCUCCAAAGAUGCCAGACAUCAGUGCACCGCCGCCGCCACGGCCGAAGCUGAAGCUCAGUGUGAAUUCGCGACAGACAUCGUUCAGCGAACAGAACGGCGCGACACCUACAGCUUCGACACCUUCUGGCAUGAAGAUCAAACUCAAAUCAUCACAACCGCCAACGCCGGCUGGGCCGGCAGCACCAACACCGAUCAAGACAAAAGCUGGGCGUCAAUCGAAACCCACGAGCAAGCUCAUCGAGUCGAAGAAGAGAGAACAAGACGAAGAUGACGACGGCGCAAACCAACCGUCUUCGAAAAAGAUUAAGCUUCUGAAGACACCGAACGUAUCGACACCUAGGUCGGGCCACAUCGUUGUCAAGUCGAAAGGCAAACCACCAGUACAUCCCCCUGGUGAUGGCUAUGACUCGGAAGCCAGCGACCAAGAGAAGGACCCCACAAUCGAGGAGCAGUUCAUUUUGCGCAUGAUGCCAGGAGAGCAUUGCGAAUACGUCAGGAAGUGCGUCGAAGAAGGCAAGGUAGGCCUCCCUCGAAAGGAUGGUGGCGCGGAUAUAAUGAUGAAGUUUUUCGACGACGAAAGCCGGCGUGCGGUCGUUGUCGUCAAAGGCCAAGCAUACGCAGCGGUCAUGGUUGAGCUACCAACGAUUACGGAAGGAAUGAAGUCCUGGGACCGGAAGACGCUCAUGAAGUCUGCCGACAUCUGCCAUAUGCUUCUCGUCUUCCAGCCCGUAAAGAGUGACGAAGAGGCGAAGAAGGCACCAUUACCCGCGAUGAUUCAACCAGGCUUCAAGUGGCCGCACGGCCUGACGCCACCAAUGCACGACGCAACGAAUCAGAGAUUCGCAAAAAUUAUUAGUCGCUCUGAGAUCGAGUUGAAGGAGAACGAGGUUAAGAAACUUUUGCAGGCCGAUGCGGCCGCUAUGUCCUCCAAAUAUGAGUUCAUCGACGACAGAAAGAUGCAGUCUGGCGACGAGUACUCCGACGACGAACAGGACGCCGAUGGCGAGGCCGAUGACAGCGGUUACUUCCCCUCUGAGGGUUAUGCCAACGGCGAACUAUUUGACGACGAUGACCACGAUUUGGAGGCAGAGCUCGAGGCUGCUUUCGAAGAGGAAAUGAACCAGGCCACGACGGAGGUUGGCACACCAGCAACACAAGUUGAGGGAGCUACGCCGAUGACUAUGAACGCCGGCACACCGGCAGCCAAUGCACGUGAUGGGGAUGAGUCCGUCGCUAGUGAAGAGGACGAAGAUGACGACGACGACGACGAUGACGAUGACGACGACGAGGACAAGCCGCCUCAGGACGAAAUCAAGGCCGUCAGAGAAGAUAUCGUGAAUCUCAAGGCAGAGAUUGCAAAGAAGGAGCAGGAGAAGGCUCUCCAACAAAACAAGAUUCUGCGGAAGCGUGUGGAGGACAGGUUGAAGCAGCUGAGGGCAGAAUUGGCGCUCAAGCAAACGUCUAUCAACGAAGAAGAGGAGGACGAGGAUUAAGGCAGGA